AUGUAGCCAUCAUGGAAUUGUGAAUUAUUAAAGUAAAAUGAUCCAAACGAUUUUGAUAGUAUAGGUAAUUAGUUCAUAAUGGAGCUUUAAAAAAAUAUUAAAGAAAUUAGUCAACUAUUUCUAGAAUUACAAUUUGCACAAGCUCUAAAUUAUAUUACAGAUGUUAUUUGUUAAAGCAAGUAAAAUUUUACAAUAUUGGAUAAGAAAAGUAUUUGCAAUAUCAUUAGAUUAAACUACAACAAAAUUUAAAAGUUUUAUAGAUGGAUAUAUGGAAGUGAAUGAAGGAAUCAUCUAACAAAAAAAAGAUUUUUCAAUCGAAUAAUAAAGAUAAGUAGUUGAAAAAUUCCUAGAAGUUAUUUAAAUUUCCAUAUGUACAAUUAAUGAUUGGUAUAAGUUUAAGUAAUAAGUACCAUAAAAGGAUCUUUUUCAAUAAGAAAGUAUGAUUUAUAAUCAAAGAAUUAGUAAACGAAUUAUAAGACAGUUUUAAUCUCUUUUAAGGUAGAGAUUCUUGUAAGUGCUAACUUAUAUGA